AUGGCAAAUGAAGUACUAGUUCCUAAGGAAGUGGCACAUUCUGUACUAAAGAAGGCACUAACAAUGGGAAUCUGCAGAAACAUGGUUACCCAACCAAGGCAGCAGAGAAGGUUAGGAGGAAACAGAGCUGCACUUUUUGUAUAUGCUAUGGAAGGGCUAGAGAGCAUGGCUUUCGUUACUAAUGCUGUGAGCCUAGUAAUUUACUUCUUCGGCUACAUGAACUUCAGCAUAACAAAAUCUGCCACAACCCUGACCAACUUUUUGGGAACUGCAUUUUUACUAGCACUGUUUGGUGGAAUAAUCAGUGAUACCUAUCUCUCUAGAUUCAAGACUUGUGUUCUGUUUGCAAGCAUGGAAUUGCUGGGAUAUGGUAUCCUCACAGUUCAAGCACGCUCCCACCAUUUGAGACCAAUCCCCUGCAAAGAUUUAGCGGCAACAGAGAUGAGUGAAUGUAGGGCUGCCACAGGAGGGGAGGCUGCAAUGCUUUAUACUGGCCUCUACCUUGUUGCUUUAGGAACCGGCGGUAUUAAGGCUGCUUUACCUGCCUUGGGGGCUGAUCAGUUUGAUGAAAAAGAUCCCAAGGAGGCGGCUCAACUAUCAAGCUUUUUCAACUGGUUCUUGUUCAGCCUUACCGUAGGAUCAAUAAUUGGUGUUACUUUCAUUGUUUGGAUUGGUGUCAACCUUGGAUGGGAUUGGAGCUUUACUGUUUGCACCAUUGCACUUCUAUUCGCAAUUCUGUUCAUAUGCAUGGGAAAAUCAUUAUACCGCCACAAUCUUCCAAAGGGAAGUCCUCUAGUUCGAAUCAUACAGGUGUUCGUGGCAGCCUUCAGAAACAGAAAACUUCAGAUUCCAGAUAAUGGAGACGAACUGCAUGAGAUUCAUGAAAAGCAAAUAGGGGACAGCAUUGAAAUUCUUAAAAGGACUGAACAAUUCAGAUUCUUGGACCGAGCAGCAAUUGUUGAAAGCAGCACAGGUGCAGCAACCUCGGGACACUGGAGACUUUGCACGGUGACACAAGUGGAAGAAACAAAAAUCCUAAUCCGAAUGCUACCAAUAAUACUCAGCACCAUAUUUAUGAACACUUGUUUAGCUCAACUUCAGACUUUCACUGUACAACAAAGCACCACCAUGAACGCCAAAAUUGUGGGGUUUAAAGUGCCAGGAGCCUCUCUCCCAGUCAUCCCUUUGUUGUUCAUGUUUGUCCUAAUCCCCUUAUACGACCGUGUUUUUGUCCCACUUGCUCGAAGAAUCACAGGGAUUCCCACAGGAAUUCGACACCUUCAGAGGAUUGGAAUUGGUUUGGUUCUGUCUGCUGUUUCCAUGGCAGUGGCAGGUUUUGUAGAAACACGCCGCCGGUCAGUAGCCAUCGAACACAACAUGGUGGAUAGCACAGAGCCUUUGCCAAUGAGUGUGUUCUGGCUGGGAUUCCAAUAUGGUAUUUUUGGAGCUGCGGACAUGUUUACACUGAUAGGCCUUUUGGAGUUUUUCUACGCAGAAAGUUCGGCUGGAAUGAAGUCACUUGGCACUGCAAUCUCGUGGUGUUCUGUGGCAUUCGGUUACUUUACAAGCACAGUGGUCGUUGAGGUGGUUAACAAAGUGAGUGGAGGGUGGUUGGCAAGUAACAACUUGAACAGAGACAAGCUCAACUACUUCUACUGGAUGUUGUCCGUCAUAAGUGUUGUGAACUUUGGAUUUUACUUGCUUUGUGCUUCUUGGUAUAGGUACAAAACGGUCGAAGUCGAGCAAGAUGAUUCAAAAAAUAAUGUUGACAUCACCAAGGUUUAG